CCCUCCUCCUCCUCCUCAUCACAGAGACUUUUCACAAUCACCGUUCAUUCAGAGAAAACAGCUGCACGGACUCGCCUGAACGUCCUCGAUCAUGGACAGCAGCCUGAGCCAGAACCAGAACCAGAACCAGAACCAGAACCAGAGCCAGAGCCAGAGCCAGAGCCAGAGCCAGGAGGCAGAGGACAGAUCGUUCCUGUGGUUUCAGAGAACUCCGUCACUCAGACGCAAAUGGAGGAAACGUUACGGCGUCCUGGACGGAAACAAGCUGCUGGAGCCCAAUGAAGACAUCAGAGAGGAUGGAGGGAUGACAUACGUUUCUUUCACUUUCUUAUUACAUUUGAAGGAUGCAGUUCCUCGACCGGCCCCCAGGACUCUGAUCCCCAGCCGGGCCCAGACUCUGAUUCAGAAUCCGGUCCAGAAUCCGAUCCAGAAGCCCAUCAGUCUGGUCAGUCCAGGAUCUGCAGUGACCUCGGUGUCGGUCAGUAAUGGCUGCCUGAAGCCUCCUCUCCCUCAGGCCGUGGUCCAGCCUGAGGACCGAGGUUUCCCGCCCUCCCCGCCGUGGUCGCCGCCCCAGCAGAGCGCGUCUAAACGCAGAGUAGCUGCUGACGUGAUGUUUGACAGCUUUGCUUCACAUGGAAGAAUCAACGUCAGCCACUUCUUCGAGGCGGUCUGGAGCUCCGGGCUGCACCGGUCCGACCCUCGGCUCAGAGAGUGUUUCUUCCACCUGAGGAAACUGCAGGACGCUGAAGGGACGGUGGACAGAAGCGCCUUCCACAGGUGCGUGACGGGAUCGCUCGCCCUCAUUCUGAAAGCUCUGCAGGGACGCUUUGUCAUUCCCGACUUUUCCACCUUCACUGAAGACACUCAGAAGUUGUUUUCCCGGUGUCGUCAGCUCUCACCUGUGCAGGAGAAAGAAAAGGAGAGCGUGGACAGCAGCAGGUGGGGCGUCUCCAUCUGCACCGUGGACGGACAGAGAUUGUCUCUGGGGGACUGGGCAGGUGCUCUGUCUCUGGGCGAGGUGUCCUGGCCGCUGGUGUACGGCGUGGCAGUGGAGCAGCUGGGCUCAGACCUGGUCCACAGAUACAUCGGAGUGGAGGAGUUCUCCAGAUACGAGUCUCCGUUCUCUCUCACUAAAACAGGAAUCCCUCACAGUCCCCUCACAGAGGCCGGAGCCAUCGUUACCUCAUCUUUACUUCAGCUGGCGGGGAGUCUGUAUGCAGAGGAGGAGGAGGAGGAGAAGUAUGACUCUGUGCUUAACGUCAUCCGGAGACUCUGCAACAGAGAGCAUGUUGACCUGAACUGCACCAGUGUUCAGCGCAGCAGACAGGCCAGUGUCAGACUUCACGCUCUGUCCUUCUACCUGCAGGAGAAGAAGUGUUUUCCAGAGAAGAGCGACAUCAACACUGCGUUGGACGUGCUGCUGCAGUGCUCCUCCACAGAGGUCACCUGUGAAUCCGGGGCGGUCAUGGCCGCCUCCUUAGCCAAUGGGGGGCUCUGUCCGUUGUCAGGUGACCAGGUUUUGUCGCCGGUGGCGACGCGGAGCAUGCUGUCCAUGAUGCAGGUGGCGGGGAUGAAGGACUACUCCUCAAUGUUCCUCUACAAGACGUCCAUACCUGCGGUGUCCAGCGGCCACGGCGUCCUGCUGGCUGUGGUCCCUGGAGUUCUGGGUCUGACGGCGUUUUCUCCUGAGGUAGACUCGUGUGGAAACGCCUGGAGGGCCGUCCACUUCUGCCAGGAGCUGGUUUCUGCCUUUCAGAUGCACAGUUUCGACAUCAGGACCCCGUUCAGACAGAUUCUGGUCUACAGACAGUGGAAGAUCGAGUCUGAGGGACAUCAGAUCAUGAAUGUGCUGCUGGCAGCGUUUAAAGGAGACCUUCAGUCACUGAGAAGGUACUUCCUGUCUGGAGUGGAUGUCAAUGCCGUGGACUACGACGGGCGGUCGGCUCUGCACGUGGCGGCUGCUGAAGGUCAUACGGAGGUCAUCCGCUUCCUGCUGGAAAAUGCUGGCGCAAACCCUGCCCUCAGGGACAGGUGGGGGAGCUCUCCUCUGCAGGAGGCCCGGAGGUACAGCAAGGACUCUGCAGUCCAGCUGCUGCAGGGAGUCAUGUGACUGAAACACACCCACAAUCACACCCCGGGACGUGAUCGAUGAGUCCAUGAGGAAGUUCAUCUAUCGUCCAAUAAUUCACCAAUUAAUCAAUAACUCAAAUUUACACCAGUUUUUAACCAUUUCUUUUUUUUUACAGGCUAUUAGUAAUAUUUUACAAAUAUACCCGU